AUGGUUAUGAGCCAGCAGACUUGCCACAUAUUGAUCUCGGCCUAUUUUGUAGGGGCCCUCUUUUACACCAUCAUCGCUCCCAUGUUCAACCCCUUCAUCUACUCGGUGAAAUACACCGACAUGAAAAAUGCCAUGAGAAAGCUGGCUAUUUCUAAUAGAAUAAGGUAUGGUCUGUCCAGUGAUAGAAAUUUGCAAAUAUUCUGCUUUAGACUGUUCCUCUCUUGUUACAUUGCCAUCCUCUUAGGAAAUUUCCUCAUCCUUAUCACCGUCAAAUGUAGCAACCUCUUCCAGCAACCCAUGUACUUCUUCCUCUUCCACUUCUCCCUCAUGGACGUCUGCUAUACUUCCACGGUAACUCCCCACCUAGUCAUAGAUAUGCUGUCUGAGAAGAAAACCAUGUCUUUCGACCACUGCAUGAAACAACUUUUUGCCUUGCACUUAUUUGGAGGGAUUGAGAUCUUCAUUCUCGGAACUGGCUUGCUUAGAUACUUAUGCGACUGGAUUUUAGUUCUCGCCAGUUCAGGAACAAUUGAGCUGGUUACUUUGGCAGUCUGGGUCUUCUCUUACGUCCCCAUUUUAGCCAGUCUGAGGACCCACUCUUUGGAAGGAUGUCUCAGAGCCCAGACCACCUGCGCUUCCCACAUCACGGUGGUGACAUUGCUUUUCUUGCCCUCCAUCUUCAUUUAUCUCCUCCCAGCCCAGAUCUUCCAUGAGGAUAAGGUGGAUUUAGAUCCCAAGAGAGAAGUAGAAUAG